AUGCCAAAAUUUGGAGGAAAAAAAGACGAAACACUAGAUGAGAGUGUAGUAGUUGUUGAACAACAGGAAACAUCAGAAGAGGAGAAUUCUGGUGAGGAAGAUAGUUCUACCAAAGAUUCUAGCUCGGAAGAGAGUGCGGACGAGAACUCGGAAGACGAUAACGGUACCAUGGGCAUAAUACCGGUGGAAGCAAUUGAGGUCUUCUCCGCAAGUUCUGUGGAUUGGGAGAUGUACAAAAAGCGAUUACAAAGCAUCUUCACAAACUAUGGCGUCACUGAUGUAAAGAAGAUGGCGUCAUAUGUUCUAAUGAAGCUAGACCAGGAAACGUUUCGGUUGCUAAAUAACGUAUGCUACCCUGACGACAUCACUACAAAGCCAUACAACGACAUUGUAAAGGGUCUCGACCAGCUUUAUGGAAGAAAAGUAUCGGUAUUUGCGGAGCGAGUGAAGUUCUACGAAUUACAUCAAAUGGAAGGAGAAAGAGUCAAUGAAUACCAUUGCCGCAUCAGGGGUGCGGCAGCUACAUGUGAGUUUGCAGAUAAUUUGCUGUUCGUCGUAAGGGAUAAAUUCGUCACUGGACUGCGCAGAGGCCCUAUAUUGGAUCGUUUGAUGGAAGAAAAGGCUGAUCUGAAGAUUGAUGAAGCGUUGGCGAUAGCAGAGCGAAAGGAGUUACAGCAGCAAGAAGCAAAAUCUUUCAACUAUGUGGGCCGGAAAGAAUUCCGAGCUCCAGCCAAAGGACGAAAGGGGUCAACAAUGGUGUGUAAGGUAUGCGGUAUGCAGAACCAUCGUUCAGAAGACUGUUUCUACAAGGAUCGUAAGUGUGACAUCUGCCACGGUAAGGGGCAUCUAAAAGCUGUAUGCCGUAAGAAACCAAUUGAACGCAAGUUUCGGAACAAUUUCAUCACAGAUGGCGCUAACGAUGAAGAAGAUGUAACGUCGGAUAACGGUGAAUGUUCAGCGGGGACACCAACCUUAGCUCAUCUAAAUAUGAAACCGUACAUGCUGUCACUAGAUAGUAGAGACAAAAACCCAAUUUUCCGAGCAGUACAACUUAACGGUCACAAUCUGCUAUUCGAGCUGGAUACAGGGAGUCCAGUGAGCUGCAUGUCCAUGGAAUUGUACAAAAGGAUAUUUGGUCAACGUGAGCUGGAACAAACUGAUCUUACUUUAUUCGGUUACACGGGAGAGAAAAUCAGACCAGAUGGCAAGCUACAAGUUCAGGUACAAGUGGAAGGCGAUAUGAUGGAGAUAGAGCUGUACGUAAUGACAGGUGGAGGACCCCCUCUUUUGGGACGAGACUAUGUUCGGAAGGCAAAUUUGAUGCUAAAUAUGAAUCCAGAUAGUGCGCUAGAGAAUAUCUUGCAAAAAUAUCCAGAACUUUUCGACGAUGAACCAGGAACUUAUCGAUAUGGAAAAGUGGAGUUACGUUUGAAGUCGAAUGCAUGUCCAAUUUUUCGUCGUCCACGACAGAUUGCCCAUAGCUUAAAGGAAAAGGUCGAUGCCCAGCUAGAAGCCCUAGAAAGAAAGGGAACCAUUACUCGGAUCACUACAAGUGAUUGGGGAACUCCGUUGGUGCCCAUACUCAAGGCUGAUGGAACAGUGCGUAUUUGCGGUGAUUAUAAGGUCACUCUCAAUCGAUUCCUCGAAGACUGCAAGCAUCCAAUUCCAAGGAUAGAUGAGUUGCUAUCCCAAUUGCAAGGGAUCAUAGAACAGCUGCUGCAAGGCGUUGAGGGUGUCGUUGUCUUUAUCGACGACAUAAUGGUAACUGGAAAACAAGGGGUCACAGAUGAAGAAAAAAUUGCCAACCAUUUGGAGAACGUAGAAAAGGUGCUUCGAAUACUCUCAGAUGCGGGAUUGAAGAUGGAACAGAAAAUCAUCAAUCUCGACGAGCCAAAAAACGUUCAUGAGGUGAGGCGUCUUAUGGGAAUCGUGGCUUUCUAUUCGCGAUUCAUCCCACAUAUGGCCUCGAUAAUGGCUCCAAUAUAUGCACUCACUCGCACGAAGGGAAGCCGAGGAAAAUUUCUGUGGACCGAAGACUGUCGAGCAGCUUGGAAAAAGAUAGUCGAUGUAAUAAAAGGAGAUAUAGCUCUAGCGCACUUCGAUCAACAGUUACCUUCUAUAAUCGAAACUGACGCUUCGGAUGUCGGAGUGGGAGCUGUGUUACUGCAGAGGCAACCGGAUGGGUAUGAACGACCUUGUUACUUCGUUUCCCGUGCGCUAACCGAUGCUGAAAAAGGCUACAGCGUGAUAGAUAAGGAAGCAUUGGGUGUAGUAUAUGCACUGAAGAAAUUUUACCCAUACGUUUAUGGUACAAAAGUCACUAUAAGGACAGAUCAUCGGCCCCUGUUAGGAAUACUGGGUGAAAAUAAGGAAAUACCAGUAUUUUCUAGUCGGCGUAUGCAACGAUGGGCACUUUCCAUGGCAGCUUUUGAUUAUACGUUGGAGUACAUCAAAGGAGACAAUAAUCACUUGGCGGAUCAUCUUUCGAGGAAUCCGGAUCUAGAACAAGAGUUGGAGAUCGAACACGAAGAAGAAGCAGCAAGUGUGCAUUAUGUUGCGGGAGCAGGUCUCAACGUUGUCUCUGCUGAUGAGUUGAAGGAAGCAACUGAAAAGGACGAGGUAUUACGAAAGGUUCGGCAAUAUAUUUUCAACGUGUGGCCCAGAAAAUUAUCGUCUGGAGGAGAGCUUCAAAGGUACUUCGCAGUUCGGGAGAAGCUGAGUUGCAGUGAUGGAUUGAUAUUGCAUGGUGACCGUUUGGUAGUACCUUCACUUCUUCGGAAUAGAAUCUUGAAUGAGCUACACCAGUCACAUCAAGGUGAAGUUAAGACAAAGAGUUUUGCCCGUCAAUUCGUGUGGUGGCCUACUUUAAACGCAGAUAUCCAUCAGCUUCUCGAAAACUGCAUGUCAUGCAGUAAAUUUAGGAGUUCACCGCCGAGGACAUCGUCACCGUGGCCUGAAACGAAACGUGUAUUUGAGAGGAUACAUCUGGAUUUCGCAGGUCCAAUUCGAGGUCGAUACCUGCUGAUACUCGUAGACUCGUUCACAAAAUGGAUAGAAGUAUUCGUGAUGACUCGAAUAACUACCGAAGCUACUAUUAAAUGUUUACGAUCAACAUUUGCUCGCUUUGGGCUACCUGUUCUCGUUGUCAGUGAUAACGGACCACAAUUCACGGCAUCGGAGUUCAAGAAUUUCCUGCAGGUGAAUGGGAUACAGCACAUGACUUCACCCGUAGGUCACCCUCAGUCAAACGGAGCGGCUGAAAAUGCUGUGAAAACGGUAAAGCUGGCCCUAGAGAAAAUUUUGGCAACGGAAGGUGACAUGAUGGUUGAGGACGCAAUUGUGAAUUUCUUGAUGGUGUACCGAAACACUCCUCACUGCACCACACAGGAGACACCUUCACAACGAAUGUUCGGAAGAAAGGUAAACCUGAGACUAGACUUGGUAAAGAAGGCUACCAUAUCUAUGCCACCUCCGUCCGAUCCUGUUAAAGACCACCACCAGCUUAAAACCGUACGGAAGAUAAACGUAGGUGAAGCAGUUUUGGUACUGGAUACGCGGAUACCAAAUAAGAAGCGAUUCGUACGAGGUACUGUGCAGAAGAGGAUUGGUCGAGUUGUUUACUUGGUAUUAACUGAAGAGCAGCAGAUAUGGAAACGUCACAUCAAUCAGCUGUACAAACUGUCAAGUCAGCAGGAUACCAAACAACAAGCAUUGGGCGAUCCCAACACUUCGGCGAUUUUACCAAGAAGAUCCAACCGGGUUAAGGAAAGAAAAGAACGUUUUAAAGAUUGCAAAUGA